AUGAAAACGUUAAGAGAAAUGUAUCCGAAUAUCAGCAUUCCACAGCCCAUAGGUAAGCCAAGAGAACCAGUUGUUUCAAGCCUUCAUACUACUUUUAACUAUCCGAUUUGAUAACUUUAUAAAAUACGUGAUGCUAAUUGGUUAAUUUUUGCACGAAUUAGGUAACUUAUUAAACUGCCUUUUUAUACAACCGACCACUGCAAGACUCGAAUUGUUGUUUUCCGUUAGCUUGCUGGCACGGCAAACCAAAACUUUUUGACGAACCUUGGUUCACUAACACACACUUUAAAUUUCUAGAGAUCUACGUUGGCCAGUUCAGUCAAAAUCCUUACAUCCGCGGUUCCUUCAGCAAUGCUGUUGUUGGUAGCACGUUGGCUGACUUUCAUAAUUUGCAAGGUCGCUUGGGUAACCUGUUCUUCGCAGGGGAGGCAACUGAAGUGGAUUACUGGGGUUUUACACAGGGGGGUUAUCUCACUGGUUUGAAGCAAGCCAAAGUGAUCCUCGGCUGUCUAAAUGGAAAGAACUGCCCAGAGUAUGAGUCGGAGGACGCUGAUAUAUGUAAAACUAAGAGCAACAUUGUUCCUAGUGCUGGGAAUAUUGCGAAGUCUUCUUAUGCUUGUUUUUUCUUGCUAGUUGUAUACAUAUUGUUUGUCUAAGUCAUGUUUGUGACUGCAUGCAUGGAAUAUUGAACAAUGCUAAACUAAGGCCGCGUUUACAGUAGAACGCUAUGGCUAGCAUUCCGUGAAAAAUUCAUUAUGUGGUAAUGAUCUAAUAAUAAUUGUGCAAAAAUUGGCUCUCUGUAAAAAUGCUGAAACCAAAAAAUUUUUGCCCCAGCGAGAGCAAAUUUUGGGAUCAUUAUGAUUUACACAGACCUGCAACAGGGUAGAGGAGAAUUGACCAAUUAGAAGGUUAACUUUGCUUACAAAACCUGAUUGUGAAAUUUCCAAUGAACUAAUUCACAACCAACUUGCAACUUUGUAGCCAAAUUCAAAAUUAACCAAUAGCUGUUAUCGUAAUUGAAUACGCCGCUGCGGCGAACCAGCGGUAUCUCAGUGGAAGUACGCACGAAAACGAGGCUAAAGGGUAAAAAAACACAAAACAUGACCCUAUAGCCUCGUCUAGAUGUUAAAAUAAUGCAGAUACCGCUGGUCCGUAACAUAGACGUAUUCAAUUACGAUAACAGCUAUUGAAAAAAUAUUCAGCGUUUGCAGGAAUGUGAAUAAUAAGUCAUUGGACAAUGAGCGACUGAGACUCAUGGAGAACAGUGGGGUUUCCAAAACAAUGGAUAGUCAAUGCAAGCAGUCGGAUCCGCACACAAACAUCCGUGGCUCGAUUCUGCUUUUGUUAUGAUAAUACCUACAACAGCUAAUAAAAACGACAACGAGAAGAGAGUGAAAUCAAGCGUAUGACGUAAAUGCACAUUGAAAUAGCAAGCAUCGCUCAGCGGUGCCUAGCAUCGCUCACCACGAAAACAUUCCGUUAACAUGACAACAAAUAAGGUUUUAAUCGUUUUAUAGAUUUCUGCACGUAAGGUACUUAUUCAAGAGCGUCUUCGUGUAAUAAAAUAUAGUACCGAUAUCAUGUAUUCAAUUACACUAGUUUAAAAGCUGCACUAAUCGGUGCUAUAACUAUAAUAAUGGAUACUGUAUGUAUAUAUAAUGGUAUAUUAGUUCAAGCCCUAAGCCUCAAAACAAAAAUAUAAUUUAUGCCGCAAGCAUGGGGUUUUAUUGACCAAUCAAAUCUAAACGAUAAACAAUUAAAAAUAAAAAUUUAAAAAAACAGAGGUACCAUAAACUUUUGCGCGUAACAUAUUUUCACCAUUUCAUGAACAACUGGUGGUGCAAUAGAAUAAAAAUGUGGUUCGUUUUCGUUGUUGCCGUUCUCGUUGAGUCAAUAAUAGCUAGCACUGUCAGUGAAGUAGACGUAUUGAUUCUCGGAGCAGGUAUAACAGGAAUAAAGGCUGGUAACCAUUUUCAAAACAACAAUCUCACAAAUUUUCUCAUACUCGAGGCACAAGAUUACAUCGGUGGGAGAAUUAAGCAAGCGAAAGUUGGUAAUGUGACUGUGGGGGAAGUGAACUGGGUGCAAUAUGUGGAAGACGGGGAUGACAAUCCUAUCUGGGUUUUGGCGAAUGAAAUAAAUCUUGAGAAAUAUAUGAAUAACGAAGACGACAUUGCUGUUAAGUGAGUUACCUAUUGUGGGUUAAGGUUGCAAUCCAGUCAAACCAUUUUUCGGCUUCUAGUUUCAUGAUUUCGUUUAAGUUAAAGUGAAUUUCGAAUUUAGUAAAAGCUUUGGGGAUUUGGGGAUUCUAUAGAAUGUGUAAUAUACGUAUAUCGAGCCAGCCUUUGAAGUGCACCAGCUAGAAAACCCGUGCAUGCAUACGAAUAACCAUUAUUGAUACCCCCAUUAUAUAGCUAGGUUAUAUAUGCAUGCAUGUGUUGAGGGAAGGUUUCAAACCUCAACCACACAAGCAAAAGCGAGAAAACUAAAAAUAUCACUUCUAAUUUUUUGUUUACAGGAAUACUAUUCACAGCAAAGCGGAUUAUGAGAAGACCUUGAAAACCUUCAAAGACAUAGAAGCGGUAGUUAUCGCUGACAACGAAAAAAAUCCGCGAAACGGAGACCAACCUUUAAGCUCCGUUUUAUCUGCAAAUGGCUGGUUCCCAGAUACGCCUUUGAAGAAAACGGUAGGCUGGUUACUUGACUUUGACUACGGUGUAAAAUCUGCACUAAUAUCUUCCCGUCAUUACGCUGGCCUACCUGAGGAAAAUGAGUUUGUCACAGACUCCCGAGGACUUAAAGGAAUUAUUGACUAUUUGGCUCAAAACAUCACGAGUAAAAUUAAAACUGAGAAAGUUGUCACACAAAUAAAGUAUAGUUCAGACGGAAUUGAAGUGCGCACAAAAGACAACGAAACCUACAAGGCGAAGUAUGGUUUAUGCACAUUCAGCACAGGAGUCUUAGCUUCGGAUUUAGUCGAAUUUAUUCCAGAGUUGCCCAAAUGGAAGAAAGAAGCCAUAAGUAGAAUCCCUCUUGCGUACUACACCAACAUUUUUGUGAAGUUUCCAAACGCGUUCUGGGAAGACAACGAGUUUAUUAUUAACGCAGGGUCCAUAGCUGAAACGUUUCCUCACUUGUACAACUUGAACAAGAAAGGAAUUCACGAAGGUUCAAAUGUACUGUUAUUUACAGCAGUGGAAGAGAAUUCUCUUCGUAUUGAGGGGCAAAGUAAAAACGAGACGAUAGCUGAAGUUAUGAAAACGUUAAGAGAAAUGUAUCCGAAUGUCAGUAUCCCACAGCCCACAGGUAAGCCAAGAAAAGAAACAUUUCUGUGAAUAAAUUCAGCAGAACAACUGAACAAGAGGCACGAGUUUCAAGGCAGAAUGCUUCCAGAAAGUUUUCGAUCUAGUUUACCUAUCGUCUGGGCACCCCAGUUGUAUUUUUCCGCCCGCCCGUUCUCCUGCCUUACAGUAGUUUUCACAGUCGCAAGUUCUCCCCCCAAAACCCGGCUGCUACGCAGGCUCGGUUGCAUUAAAAUUCUUAACUAUCUGACCUGAUAACAAAUAAAAUACUUGCUGAUUGGUUAAUCGGUUUUGCACUAACUAGUUAACUUAAACUGCCUUUUUAUACAACCGGCCCCUGCAAGACUCGAAUAGUUGUUUUCGUCAGCUUGCUCGCAAGGUUCUGCAGUGAAAAAGUUGUUGUUUGCCGUAGUUCACUAACACAAUAUUUUUAAUUUCCAGAGGUCUACGUUAGCCAGUUCAAUGAAAAUCCUUACAUCCGCGGUGGCUUCAGCAAUGCUGUUGUUGGUAGCACGUUGGCUGACUUUCAUAAUUUGCAAGGUCGCUUGGGUAACCUGUUCUUCGCAGGGGAGGCAACUGAAGAGGAUUACUGGGGUUUUACACAGGGGGGUUAUCUGACUGGUUUGAAGCAAGCCAAAGUGAUCCUCGUCUGUCUAAAUGGAAAGAACUGCCCAGAGUACGAGUCUGAGGACGCUGAUAUAUGUAAAACUAAGAGCAACAUUGUUCCUAGUGCUGGGAAUAUUGCGAAGUCUUCUUAUGCUUGUUUUUUCUUGCUAGUUGUAUAUAUAUUGUUUGUCUAA